CAUUUCCUAUCCUGUACUUCAUCUUUAUCCUCUGUGCUUCUAUAUAAAUCCACUUCCCCUGCCUCUCUCUCUCGCCAUUUCAAGGAUAUCAUUUGAGCAUUUUUACUACAAGAUACUCUAGUUAACACAUUCUCAAAGGAACACAAAUGUAUGCGAUUCUUGUUUAUGUUUUCAUUUUCUUUCUUGGUGGAAUCUCGUAUGUCGCCAUGAGAAGAGGCAAGAAAGAAGUCUAUAAUGGAGUUAAGCUUCCUCCAGGUUCAAUGGGGUGGCCUUACAUUGGAGAGACUCUUCAACUCUAUUCUCAAGACCCAAAUGUAUUCUUCACAGAAAAACAGAAAAGAUAUGGAGAAAUCUUCAAGACCCAUAUUCUCGGUUGCCCUUGUGUCAUGUUGGCUAGCCCAGAAGCAUCUCGGUUCGUGCUAGUGACCCAAGCUCACUUAUUCAAACCAACGUAUCCCAAAAGCAAAGAACGAUUAAUCGGCCCAUCAGCCAUCUUCUUUCACCAAGGAGAAUACCACAUGCGUCUAAGAAAGCUAGUUCAAGGCUCCUUGUCUCUGGAUUCACUACGAAACUUGGUUGCUGAUAUUUCAGCCAUAGCAGCCUCCACCUUAGACUCAUGGAAUGGCGGACAUGUUAUCAAUACCUUUCAUGAAAUGAAAAAGUUCUCUUUUGAAGUUGGUAUUCUGGCAUUUUUUGGGCAUUUGGAUUCUCAUUAUAGAGAAGAAUUGAAAAAGAACUACAGAAUAGUUGAUAAAGGUUACAACUCCUUUCCGACAAGCCUGCCGGGGACUCCUUACAAGAAGGCACUGACGGCGAGGAAGAGGCUGAGCAAGAUUCUCGGUGACAUUAUCAGCGAAAGAAAAGAAAAGAGAUUACUAGAAAAGGAUCUUUUGGGUUGUCUACUGAACUCAAAAGGUGAUAAAGGACAGGUCUUAACCGAUGAUCAAAUCGCCGACAACGUGAUCGGAGCUCUUUUUGCAGCUCAGGAUACGACGGCCAGUGCCUUGACAUGGAUUGUCAAAUAUCUCCAUGAUAACCCAAAACUUCUAGAGGCUGUAAAGGCUGAACAGAAAGAGAUUUAUAAAAUGAAUAAUGAAGGUAGUCAGCCAUUGAGUUGGAAUCAAACUAGAAACAUGCCCUUUACUCACAAAGUUGUUUUAGAGAGCCUGAGAAUGGCUAGCGUUAUAUCCUUUACUUUUAGAGAAGCAGUGUCUGAUGUGGAAUACAAGGGGUACCUGAUUCCCAAAGGUUGGAAGGUGAUGCCUUUAUUCAGGAACAUUCAUCACAAUCCAGAAUAUUUUAGAGAUCCUCACAAAUUUGAUCCCUCAAGAUUCGAGAUUCCACCAAAACCCAAUACAUUUAUGCCAUUUGGAAGUGGAGUUCAUGUUUGCCCAGGAAAUGAGCUUGCUAAGUUGGAGAUGCUUAUCAUCACCCACCAUUUAUCCACCAAAUUCAGGUGGGAAGUGGUAGGAUCUCAAAAUGAGAUUCAGUAUGGCCCAUUCCCAGUUCCUUACCAUGGACUUCCAGCCAGAUUUUGGAAGGAAUCCACCACUUAGGAUUAAUUGAUUAUCAAGUUUUAACAAAUAUAAUUGUAUUUCUAUUCUUCUAAGUAUUUUUAUUUUUAGCCACAUAGGGUCAAAUCAUUCCCAAAUCAACACUCUUAUGGGGAUACUUAGAUUUUUCCCUUUUUUUUUAUCUUGUAUCUUUUACAUUAGCAUAUAAUGUUAUAAUAUUUUGAAAGGAUUCUGCAAGAA